AGAGGCAAAGUCAAACAUGCCUGAUUUCACAGAGGCACAGAGCAGCAUCCUUCAGCUCAUACCAGCAAAAAGAAACAUGCUCCAGCUCAUACCAGCACAGAGCAACAUUCUUCACCUCAUGCCAGCACAGAGCAACAUUUCUCAGCUCACACAGGAAGAGAGUAGCAUGUCUCUGCUCCAGGGAAUUUGGGACUAUAUCCUACAGUACGAGACCUGGUUAAGGUCUCCGCUUUUCCCUGUACUGUUUUCAUUGACAGUCUACUUAAGUUUCUGUUUACCUUUUGUGCUUCUGGACCUCCUGUCCUCCAGAGUCGACCUGGUGAGGAGAUACAAAAUCCAGCAGAAACCAGUGACCUUGAAGAUGAUGUGGACCUGUCUGGCUCUCUCGCUUUACAAUCACAUGGUGUACAUCUUCCCACUGAGCGUACUGCACUGGUACUGGAGACCUGUCUUCUACCCAGCAGAGGCUCCCAGAUUCCUGGAAGUCAUUGGGCACUUGGUAAGCUGUCUGCUGCUCUUCGAUUUCCAGUACUUCGUCUGGCAUUUGCUGCAUCACAAGGUGCCAUGGCUUUACCGCACCUUCCACAAGGUGCACCAUAAGCACACGUCCACCUUCGCUCUCACUACAGAGUACUCAGGUGCUUGGGAGACGCUCUCGCUCGGCCUCUUCGCGGCGAUGAACCCCAUGCUGCUGGGCUGUCACCCGUUCACCGAGAUGCUCUUUCAUAUCCUGAACAUGUGGCUGUCAGUCGAGGACCACUGCGGGUAUGACCUGCCCUGGGCCACACACAGACUUGUUCCUUUUGGACUGUAUGGAGGCGCUCCACAUCACGACCUGCAUCACCAGAAGUUCAAAGCCAACUACGCUCCAUAUUUUACUCACUGGGACAAGCUGUUUGGUACACUUCACUCCGAGUGAACAGGAAAAGGACUUUUGCAAUACGAUUUUGCAUCAAAAUGAUCUUAAAGACUUUUAUGAUUCAAUGAAUCUAUGAAAAAUCAGUUCUUUCACUGAACCAACAAAAUGCUAUACUAUACUAUACUAUGCUGUGCUAUACUAUUUAUUGAAAACAAGUUAUGAAACUGAUUGUGAGUUUUGACACUUUUGUAUGUAUUUAUGUUUUUAUGUAUUUAUAUGGUAUAUAUGAAGUAAUAUGUAUAUGUAAUUUAUAUAAAUAUAUAAUU